UAAUUGGACCAGCCCUGCCUUCCUUCGCCUCGGCUGCUACUAGAACAACCUGUUCUAGGUGCAUUUAAGAAUGGACGCGGUGGUAAAAUUCACUAAUCAAAGUCAAGGAAGGGACCGUCUUCUCAGGGCAACCCAGUAUGCAUGUUCCCUAUCCUCCUAUUUACUCCGAAACAAGUCGGAAAGAAAGGACCUUGUGGCAAAACUUAAAAGUCUGGAGGCCAACAUGAGCGCUGGACGAAAAUUGUUCAGACUGGGAAACACAGUAAAUUCCAUUGAUGCUGCUAAGCGAACCAUGCAACUCUCUGACCCGGUGCUGUGCCUGUGUCUCACUGUGGCCAACGUCAACCGAGCUCUCUACUUUAUCUGCGACAAUGUACUUUGGGCCAGAAACGUGGGCCUUAUCCGUGAUAUCGACAAGGAACGCUGGAGCCUGAACGCCUCACGCUUCUACUUUCUCUCCCUCAUUAUGAAUCUGACCAGAGAUGCUUAUGUCAUUUCCCAAUUAAUGCGACAGAAAGCGAAAGACAAACAGUUUAAAAGGAAAAUGGACGCGCAUCUCAAUGAGAGUCCUGAAGUAGCCGAGGCUGUCGUCCCUCAGCUGGAUGCCUUCGUCUUCCUGCUUUUAGAGAGUCUAAAAUCCCACCCCGCUGCUACACUGGACACACUGAAAAACAUAUGUGAUCUUUUCAUUCCAUUAGACAAGUUGGGUAUGUAUCAGUCAAAUGCGGGAGUGGUUGGGUUUUGUGGCCUGUUAUCGUCACUCAUCGGGAUUAUAACUCUUGCACAACCCAAGUUAAAAAUUAAACCUUGAUAAAAACCUAAAAGAAACAUUCAGGUUUUUAGCCUCAUCUCACUGGAGCUACAAUGAUGGCAGAUGAUGAUGCACAAAAAGAUAAACCAGUGCAUCAAAUACACAUCUGUUUAACCUGACAUUUAUAUCUGUAGCUUUGCACAAACCCUGCACUAACUGAACACCUUGCAGAUUAACAACUAAUGAACUGACUGGAACGAGCUGACUAAUGGGAACGAAUUCAUGGGUUAAAAAGGGCCAAAUCAAGGUUUUGUAUUUUACAUAUUGAUAAUACUUGAAAAGGUUACAGCUAAACCUAUGAGCAUUCCUCAAAACCUGACACCAGCAGCGUUUUACUUGAAAAGUAAGAGCUCCUCAUGGACAAACUUCGGCUCAUUUUACGCCUACCUUUCUGUGUCAGGUUAUUUUAGGUGGCGUUGCCAUCCUAAAUCCUCUGCAAUAAACCUUUCUGUGCUGUGUUUUUGUGAUAAGAUAUUGCUAAACCUUUACCUCAAAGACAGAGCUGAUAAACUGCCUCUUAUGGGGAAACAUGCUCAUAAAGGGAGCCAAAAACAGGGUAGGGUUACUUACAUGUUAUUUAUUUAAUUACAUUAUUGGAGUCAUAGUCUGCAUUUACAGGCUGCAGAUUAUUCUACAUGUUAAAGAAAAGUGUAAAGAAAUGAUUAAAUUAAAUCCUGCACUGAAAAGAAAAAAAAAAACAACUAUGCAAAUUGCGGUAACUACUUUUAUGAGGAAAUGUGUACUUAAAUAAUGAAUAUAAAAGGACUUUUUUAAUAAAUGUGUGGAACAUUUUUCCUGUAAGCUGCUCAUGACUUGAUGUGUAGAGUGAGAUUAUAUGUUGCACAAUGUUUGCUACAUGUGACUCUUCACUGUCUCUGAUUAACAGCUAAUAAACAGAAUUUAUAAAAGUGGUUUGGAAAAAUGCGUUUGUGUUUUAAGGUGAUGACCAACAGUUGUGGCACCGUUUAACAGUAGGACAACACUGCCCUCUUGAGGAAACGCAUCACACACAAACACAACAAUUAUGUUUGAAUUGAAAAGAGUUUUAUUUUUUUCAAUUUUACUGAGACAUCAACACAUUUUGUGAAAGCUUCUCUCAAGAGGACGACAUUGUGACAAAGCAUCCAUCAUCAAAAAUUGCAAAAAUAUAUUCCAUUUCCCUUUCACCGCACUGUUUGAGUUUUGCUUUGAAAAAUUAUGCAAAGAUGAAUUCCAUGAAAGAACAAAUACAUAUAAAGCAAUAAAUAAAAAAA